AUGUCAGCGAUACAACCUGUUGUCGCCGAUGGCGGCAGAUUGACCGACAUGUCCAAGUCUCAGGUUGUUGAUCGACUCGAAAACUUGGAGAGCUCUGCCAUCAAUCCAGAGUCAACACUAGAGGACUUCUCGCCUCUGUUGAUUGACACCGUUACAGAAGAGCUGGAAGUUGACUCUCAGUCAUACAAGCCUGCAACACCUAGUUCAGAAUACACCUUCCCAGAUACAUCCAACUUCGAGAGACUCAACAAAGUAGCGGAUGAACUUCCUGAUUUUGUGCAUAUUCCGCUACAUAUGGCUGUUGAGGACGAAAUCUUAGAAGAUUGGGAGGAAGAUUGGUUUGCGCAUGCUGCAUAUAAUGCCACCAAGCACGGCAAAGUCAGUGAGCCAAAGAUCGAUUUUGUGUAUACUUGUAAGUUUCUCUGUUCCGAAGCGAUUGGUAGAACACAGGCUAACAUUCGAANNGGGGUCAAUGGUUCCGACACGAGAUUCGCACACACGAUGCGUCCGUAUGAACUGAACUCCAGCUUGAAUGAUGAUGCUGGGGAAUGGAUUGCUUCGCAUGGUGUCAACCGUUAUCGCGACUGGGACGAGCUGCGCUACUCUAUCAGAAGUGUUGAGAAGCACGCCAGCUCGUUUGGUAACAAUAUUCAGAUUCUCGUCAAUGCCGUCGAGGGACCCGACGGUAUAAUGACCAAACAGCGUCCUACAUGGUUGAAAGACGAUUCGGCAAUUGGAGACAGUUUACAGGUCUUGUCGCAGGAAGAUUUCUUUGGUGAAGAAGAAGCAGAAUGCCUACCGACAUUCAAUUCUUUGACCAUUGAGAACCAAAUCUACAACACACCGUCGGACACAGACCGAGUAAGUGAUGAAUUACGGAAACCCAUGCAAAGUGUGAGAGCUGACGGCUAUCCAGNNAUCUUUGCGAUGUCUGAUGACAUGUUCCUCGGCAAACCUCACGCAGCAUCUGACAUUUACUCCCCUCUCUUUGGUACCGUCAUGGGAUUCAAGCCCAACAGCUACAACACAAUCGUUCCACCUUCCGAGAAGGACGCUCUGCGAUUUGGUGAGAAGCCAUACUUGAUCUAUACUUCCUGGAUGUUGAAUCGCCGUUUUGGUUCCCGCAAGAGAAAAGGCCAAGUUCAUUUCGGCCAUUCCCUUUCUCGGAGCGUAUACAAGGAAGCCAUGGAAGCCUUUCCUCGACCAGCUCUCAAGAGUGCUUGCCAGAAGUUCAGGGGUGAGACUGGCUUCCAGCUGUAUUCUUGGUACAAUGCAUUCCACUACACCAUUGAGCGACAUCGUGAAGCUCUACUCUGGAGUUAUAUCAUGAUCAGGAGCGACCCCGACACAAACGGAUAUCUCGAUUGGCAAGAACGACAAGCUAUCAUCAGUGAUCUCGAGGAGGGCCUAGCCAACGAGGGUCGCAAUUCUUUCCGGAAGAGGAUGUAUUACUACGUGGCCAAGUCGCUUGAGGAUGCAGGCCUAGAGNCCCCCAAAGUCAAUGUCGAGACCACUUGGACAUCUUUGGACGGACCUGUCACCAUCGCGAACAUUGACUGUUUCGAGUUCAACGUCAAUGAGUGUCUGGCACCUGGCUUCUCAUCACCAUCCUGGGAUGACAGAUCCGACAAUCCUGUAUUUUCAACUGCAGCCAUCUUCGACAGAGUGGCUCGACAAGAUCCCCAGUGUGGCGAUUGUCUGAUCAAACUAUUGCUUAACCGUGUCGAGCAAGGUCUGUCACCUCUGUUGCCACACGCAGAGAAAGACGCCGAACAUAGGGAAACAGUCCUCAAGGCUAUGAAGCGAUAUUCUUACGUCGUAGUGGAGCCAGAUGCACUGUUUACGAUGGUGACUGACGCUGAACAAGUACAAGUGCGACUGAUCGAUCGCCUUGUCGACCCAGAAAAACAGGCUGGUCAACUCUGUCUUAACGACGACGUGACUAGCGACAAUGAGACAGAACUCUUGGCGCUACGAGAGACAAUCUCGAGACUGUUUAAUGAGCAUUGGGGAACGCCAAGUCGGUUUGAAGCCUAG